UGUUCACAACACUUAGAUGGGCUAGAGUAAGAUAAUCUAUUCAAGAUGCUGUUAUAUCUUUUUUUGAUUUUUGCCGGUUAUCUGUUCGUAGUGCAAGCAGAUAACCAAGUUACCUGGAAUCGAACCAAGUUGGAAGCGAACACCGACUCCUACCAUCUUGGAAUCGAACCAAGCUGGAGUCAAAGCAACUUGACUCUAGGUUCGGAAGUAUGUCCCGGCGGCUACUCCUUAGUGGGCUCCAAAUGCCUCAUGUUUGUGACCUUUAUUGCUCAACCGUAUGGGGAAGCGAGGCAGUUCUGCCAUGCAGCCAAAGGGGAACUGGCUGCCAUCACCACGGCCACGGACUUCAAGACUUUAGUCGAUUACAUCCAUGCCAACGAUUUCACUAACGGAGAAUUCUGGCUGGACGGAACCGACGAAGCAGCAGAGGGCGUUUGGGUGACGUCGUCAGGAGAAGCCGUGCCCUUAGGAACUCCUUUCUGGGCCGCAUUUGGAGCCAGCCAGCAACCUGAUAAUGUCAACGGGAAGGAACAUUGUUUAUACCUUCCACCGGCUUGGUUUUUCUACAUGGGUGACAAUCCUUGUUCUGCCGUGAAAAACUUCAUAUGUGAAGCGACCAUCCAGACGCAGAAAAAGGCCGCGAGCGCAGCGCUGGCUCCCUUCGGCCCGUCGGCGGUGGGCGGCCGCGUCACGUGUCCCAUGCUCUUCGUGGAGGUGGGAGGCCUGUGCAUACUGUUCAUCACGUGGGAGGAAGAGACCUGGGAGGACGCUCGGCAGGCGUGUGCGGGAGCCUCCAGCGACCUCCUGGCCAUCACCAACGUCGAAGUGUUUCGAGCUCUUUACCUCUACAUUCAUCUAGAUAAUUUAUCAGGUCACGGUUUCUGGCUUGGAGGAUCCGAUAUAGAAAGUGAAGGGAUAUGGGUUUACACCACAGGGGAGCUUGUGCCCAUGGGUACCCCUUUCUGGGGUCUUUAUGAAAUGAAUGCCCCGGUCCAGGAACCCAACGGAGGAACCAGUCAGAACUGCCUUGCGAUCACUGGCGAUGGUUUCUACAACCUCAGGGACUAUUCAUGUACUUCUAAGUUUAACCCACUUUGCUGUCCACUGAUGAAAAUGUCGAUGAGCAAACUCGUGGAGCUCAAGUUGAACGUCAGAAACAUCGAUGUGUUUCUUCUUGCCCCUCGCCGAAACCUCUGGGAAAAUGAUUUCCACACAUUGCCCCACAUCAGUAACGUCAUAUCCUAA